AUGGCGUAUGAAUACGCAGUAAAACAUAGUGUGCCUAAUAACUUUAAUAAUGCUACUCAAAUGGCCGGCAAAGACUGGCUUAAAGGCUUCAUGAAGCGAAACAAUUUAUAUGUCCGCAAAACAGAAGGAACGAGUUUAAAUAGAGCGAUUGCAUUUAAUAAGGAUGAAGUUUAUAUAUUUUUUAAGCUCUUGGGAGACUUGAUAGAGAAAUUCAAUUUUCCUCCUAGAAAUAUUUUUGAUGUCGACGAGACAGGAAUCACCUCUGUGCAAGAUCUGGGAAAAAUUGUGGCAGAGAAAGGCCAAAAGCGUGUCGGGUCGAUAACCAGUGGUGAAAGAGGGCAAACAGUAACAGCUGUCUGUGCAAUGAGUGCGACGGGAAUAUUUGUCCCACCCAUGCUUAUUUAUCCCCGUCAGAGACAUUCUGUAGCACUAGAAGCAGAUGGGCCAAGAGGUGCACUCUACCGCUGUUCAAAAAAUGGUUGGAUAAAUGAAAAUUUAUUUGUGGACUGGUUGAAGCACUUUGCGAAUCAUACGAAGCCUUCGGAAAAAGAUCCUAUUCUUCUCAUUCUUGACAAUCAUUCGAGCCAUAUAUCAAUAAAAGCUUAUGAGUUAUGCAAAUCAAACAACAUCGUAAUGCUGUCUCUCCCACCACACGGAUCACACAGAAUCCAACCGAUGGACGUAUCAAUUUAUGGACCUUUUAACGGUUUAUAA